UUUUAAGCCAAGGUCAGAUACGCUUUGUAUUAUAUAAUCAUCAGCUAUAAGAAAUUAUAUGUUUUAGUUCGCAUAAAUUUAAGCAAAUUAGUUAAAGUCAGUGUCAAGUUAUUAAGAUAAAGUUAGUGUCUAUCAUAUGUAUUGCCUCUGACAUCAUCUCUCUCCCCCUUCCCCACCAUUGACCAAGCAAAUAAGAUGGCAUCACCAACUAUUGAAACUUUCUGCUGUGUGGAAUCCAGCUCUGAGCCAAGUAUUGUAAUGCGCCUACAGUUUCAUUACACACCAUAUAAUAUAGUUUGUGUUUUAUCAUCACUCUUAGGAAUGCUAGGUGCAAUUUACCAGAUUUUGCCUUCUCCUGCAUCUAAUGUUCCUCAUAGGCACAGAAGUAUUGGUCAUACACAGAAAGCCAUAAUUAAUUGGUUGGCAAUGGCUGACUUCUUUGCUGCUUCAGGUAUUCUUCUAAGAUCAAUUUUCUGGUUGUGGAGGGGAGAUUUUGUAAAAGAUGAUGGAUCAGAUUUAAUUAUAUGUGCGAUUUUUGCAGUGUGGGUUCGUUAUUUUUAUACUGCAACGUAUAUGUGGACAAUAUGUUAUGCUAUAGAUGUUUUUCUUGUUUGCAAACAAAAAGUGGGAAGUCAAAAAUGUUAUCAUGCAUUUUCAUGGUUUAUGCCACUUCUCCUGACUACCACAGGCUUGGGAACAUUGUAUUUGCCAAAUUUUAGGUGUCAUACAGGGCCAUUAAGAGUAUUUCCAAAUUAUUUAUUGUCAUACAUUCCCAUACUUCUCAUUAUGAUAAUGAAUCCUAUCUUAUAUUAUAUCUCAUCUAAAAAUGUUCGCAUUUUACUUACUGGAGGCCUUGGACAAUUGACUUAUUUGGAGCACAAUUUAUUAGCUGCCUUAAAAGAAAAGUUCUUUUGCAUUGUGUUAGUUUUUUACAUAUGCUGGCUUCCAAAUAUAGUGAAUGGAAUUUUGCUGUGGGGCAUCUGGGAAAAUUUGCCACGAAAUAUUUUAGUUGGUGUGUGGUAUGUGAUGGCUAUUAUGAAUCCACUUCAAGCUGUUUUCAAUUCACUUGUCUACAAAGGCUGGAAAGGUUGCUCAUUUUCAUGCGUUGAGUUGAAAGCCUAUUUCUGUUGCUGCCGAGAGCGACCUCAUUCUGGACUUUUAAUUGAAAGAUCCUCAUCAGAUCAACAAUUAACGGCAGAGAGACCAACAUUUUCAACUAAUAAUUUUCAAGAUUGACUGAAAUAUUUAAGUGCCUAAAAUACUCUGGUUGUUAUGAUGUUUUGUAAAUAUAGUGAAACCUUUCUAAGGCGAACCCCCACUGUUACAAUUUUUUUUUUUUUUUUUAUGUUUUCAUAAAAAAAUAUAGAUUUGACUGGUUACCUCUCUGUAUAUAUUUGAUGAUGUCAUUCAGUAGUCAUGUUAGAAAAUAAUUUUAUAAUUACCAAUACUAGUGUUUAUUAAUAGUCUGAAAUACAUCUAUCCUUUUUGGGGUUCAUGGUUUAGAGAGGUUUCACUGUGUAAUUUCUUAAUAUUUAUAACAAGUGUUUAAAUUUGGAAUCUCAUGAUUAUUUAACAUAUUUUUAUAAUAUGUUUAGUGCACAAUUAUUUAAAAAUAUAACAUAAUUUUUUCAGACAAGCUUUACUAUGAAGCAGGCUAGAAUAUUAGCUAACUUUUUAAAACAAUUUUCUUAGCAUUUGUCAAGCAAAAUUUUAUACAUUAAUUACCAGCUAUGCACAAAACUUGCUUUUAAUGCAUUUUUCCUAGCAUUUUUAAAUGCAUUUCAUAAUAUCUAUUGGGAAGUACACCAAUGUAAAAUUAUGAAAAAAAAUCUUAGAUUGAUGCUUUGCUUUUAUGAUGACUUUGAGUAUCAUCUUCUAAUUAGAAUCUCUUAUUUUUUUUUUCACAUUGAAUUCACAAAAUGUGAAAGUCUUUCAUUUUGGGAGAUUUGGGAUUUUUCAUUACACCAUCAUGUAUGUAAAUUGCUUUUAAAUUUUUGUUUUUUCGUGAAAUUGUUAUUCAAUAAUGUAAAAUUUCAUUUCUCCAGAUUGAGAUAGUGUGAAGUUUAUCUUCUACUGAGGAUAUAUGCUUUGGUUUUUGUCAGCAGUUGCCAGCAUUUAGACAUCAUUAGUAACUGUAGUUUGCUACUGUAAAAUAGGCACUUCAGAUUAUUUUUUUCACCUGACUUGCCUCAUAAUUAUAGUAGUGGCAGCUUUGGCAGAUUCCCUAACUGUUUCUUUUCCAUUAAAUGUGUUUCUGUGUAAAUUGGGAAGAAUAAAAAAGAUCUUGCUGUGCUUAUUUCAAAGUAACAGAUUAUUAGUCCAAAGGGGCAAUUUGCCCUGAAGGCCUAUUAAUUUCAUUUUGGCAUUUUGUGCUGGAACACAAUAAAUGUUGAUACAAUUUUCAAAUUAUUGCCACCAAAUAUUAUCGACUUGUGUUAUAUUUAAAAUAAUUUAAUAAUGAAGAAUCUGUAUAAACAUAUGUAUGUUUCUCGCAUUGGGAUAAAACAACAGUACCUAGAACCAUCAAAUUUUGAAUAACGAAAUCUUCUACCAAAUACAGGCAUCUGGAAGCCCAGAUUUGGAAUUUAAAAUUUGUUUAUUAGUGAUUUCAUAUCUGAAGCUGGCACAAAUGUAACAUAGUUGGCUCUGAAUUUAAACUAGUUGGCAAAUAUCAACAGGUAAAUAAUAUACAGUCGAGAAUAACAACUUCUAGAGAGACUUAGACCGAAGGUAAACGCGUGCUACUCAGGAUUCCUAGUUGUCUGUCUCGAAGUUGACUUAAACCUUCCUUAAAUACUACUUCCAACUCAUUUGUAUUCAUUGCAGUUCUAAAAACUCAUUCUGGUAGGAAGUUGUAAGUUGAAACAAGAAUUGUAGGAAAGUACAUCGAAAUUAAAAUAACUGUUAUAAAAUUAAAAUAUACCUUACAAAGUAUAAAAUAAAAAUUUUUUGCAAUAUUAUUAAAAAAAUGCAAAUAAAUUCUCUCUUUAUGUUUUAUUAAACAAUGCACUUUUGUAAUAUUGAAGAUAAAUAGAAGAUUAUUAAUUUGCAGCAAUACCUAUUGAGAAUGGAUAGAUAUUGCAAACUGAAAACAUUUAUAGAGCUGUUAAAAAUUUCAUAAUAUAUCAUAAGUAAAUUUAAAUUUCUAAUUUUAAUAAUUCUGUUUGAAAUACUAUUAACAACAAUAGUAGUAUACUGUCAUAUGUUUUUUCGUAGAAUGGCAGAAAUGGGCUUGAAUUGUACUGUAAAAUUUUUGUUAUGAUUUUUCAAAUGUGUGACUUUUGCAUAUUUGCUCACUUUCGGGAAAUCCUUUUUAACAAAUUUCUUUGACAUAAACUGUCAAUGAAUAUAUAUAUUUGAAAUCCAUCUUUUAAAGAAAGUUCUUGGAUUCCACUGUUUUCACUGAAAUGUUUUGCACUGAGAUAUAUUAGAAAAUAUAUAUUCACUUCUAAUUAAUAAAACAUUGAAAAAGUUAAUAUAAAACAAAACUGUCUCUAAAAAUAUACAUAUUGUGAGAAAAAUGCUUUUUUAUACUACUGUUUUGAUAAAGCUGACUUUCGUUAAUCGGGAUUUUACUCUAGCAAACUAGAAUAUGUUGUUUUACAUGUUUAUCAUAAAUGUGACGUUAUAAAUGUUAUGUUCUUUUACAUCUUUAACAUAAAUGUGAUGUGCAUAUGCAUUUUCACAGUUUCAGUUUUUCAACCAAGUGCAUGAGAAUUCAGUUUCAUUUUUACUUUAUUGCAUGUACUAUGCCCUAAAAUGAUAAGAGAUAUUGCAAAACUGAAUUUCAUUUUCAGUAAAAUUUCUAAUAGAGUAAUUAUGAAAUCAGGAUAAAUUUUAUGAAGUUUUACGUGAAAAUUUAAUAAUAUUUCCGAGCACAUAAAAACUAAUAAUUUUGUAUUGAAUGUUCGAGUGAAAAGAAUUUAAGUUAAAUUCCUGUAUUGUGCGGGUUUAGUGUCUUUAACUAGACAGUUUUCACUUUGGAACAACACCAUAAGAAGUAUGAUUGGUUUUCUUAAAAUUUGUUUGUAUAUUUUCCUUUUCUAAGUUUAAAUCUGAAUUUCAUUCACUAUGAAUAUGGAAAUUAUUUUUUGUGCUUAUUUAAAACUGAAUUAUUUAUAUACACUCAUGUCCAUAAAUUAAGGAUAAUGCAAAAUCAGGCAAAGGAAGAGUUAGAAGCAAAACAAAUUUGACUUAUUUG